GAUAGUCAGUGCUACUGAAAUUGUGGGAAAAUGAUUCGCGAAUCUUGUUUGAUUGCUCUUCUCUGUGUUGCAGGAACUUUUUCCAGAACACUUGAAGAUGCAAAUGAACCACAGAAAGAUUCUCUGCCAUGGUCAGUAGGUUGGGAAGGUUUCAUUGUUGGCGGUCAGAAUGCUGCAGCUGGACAGUUCCCACAUAUGGCUUCCCUGAGGUCUACUGCCAACAACCACUUUUGCGGAGGUUUUAUCGUAAACAACAGAUGGGUUGUCUCAGCUGCUCACUGCACCAUCAACCGUAGCGCUGGAAACACUUGGAUCGUCGUUGGUGCUCUUCAGCUCAAUUCUGGUGGAAGAAACGUCUUCACCAACAGUAUUGUUAAUCACCCUAACUACAAUGGCAAUAAUUUCAACAAUGAUGUCUCCGUACUCCAGUCCCGUGACUCUAUUGGAACUAGUAACACAGUUCGUCCAAUGACUGUUGGUUCCAGUUUCGUCGGAGGUGGUCUACAGGCUACAGUUGCUGGAUGGGGACGUACAGCGGCUAAUGCUCCUUUGGCCAACACUCUUCAGUGGCUCAACACACAGACUCUUUCUAUAGCUGAAUGCCGCAGCAGGAUACCCAACCAUAUUCAGGUCUUUGACACCACCAUCUGCGGCUUCACUCGCUCCGGCCAAGGUACCUGUAACGGUGACUCUGGAUCUGCUGUCUUCAUCGGAAACACGGCUAUCGGUAUUGUAUCUUGGGGUAUUGUGCCAUGCGCUUCAGGAUGGCCAGACAAUUUCGCCCGUGUGUCUUCUCACCGCAACUGGAUCGUGUCUCACACUGGAUAAGUUUGUUACAUUUGACGAAUACAAUGCAGAAGAUUGGAAAAUAAAGCACUUCAUACA